AUGUUAGUCCAGUGGAUUCUCUUGAUCUGCAGCGCUGCUUUGAUCUCCUCCAAGGGGCUUCCCGAGCGCAUCGUGGGAGGACAAUCGGUGUCCAUUCUAUCGGUUCCCUGGCAGGCUUCGCUGCAAAUGUAUGGAAGUCAUCACUGCGGUGCCGUCAUCUAUAGUGAGAAAAUCGUUUUAACGGCUGCCCACUGUACAGAACAGUCCAAUGACAUAGCUGUGAUCCAACUUCAAAGGAAUCUCAUCAUGGGCUUCGGCGUCAGAUCCAUCCCAUUGGCCGAUAGUUCCCCACAACCUAGAUCUUUGGCCUUUGUUUCUGGAUGGGGAUCAAUCGAAUCUUAUGGAAAAGGUUCCACCACUCUCCUAGGAACCACGGUGGCUAUAGUGGAUCGAGAUUCCUGCAUGUCUUCCUACAGAGGAGGAAUCAGCAAAGACAUGAUUUGUGCAUCUGCCCCAGGCAAGGAUUCCUGCGGCGGUGACUCUGGUGGUCCUUUAGUAUCCGAUGGAAAACUGGUUGGCAUUGUUUCCUUCGGGCGGGGAUGUGCUCAUUCAGAAUAUCCCGGAGUUUACGCUAAUGUGGCUGAACUAAACCCUUGGAUCAUUAAAACUGUACAACGUUUGUAA